GUGCACGUUCUGCGUGUCAGUCCGAGCUGCACCGCGGCAUAGUAUACCACGUUCGUUCGUACACGUCGUGACGAACUGCGACGCGACUGCUCGCCUCUGCAAAUCGAUCGUGUUCGAGAAAAAGCAAAGGAAAUUAUCGAGGAGUUCCAUCUUCUUGAAAGUACGAGUAAAUUGGAGCACGAUAUGUUCGCACGAUCAUUCGAAUUUUUACUCUCUGUGUUUUCAUGAGCUGCAAGCUUGAAUGGGAGGUGUGUGAGGUGCAGUGAUGUGUUAGAAUUCAAUUGUAAUUUGCGCAUGAGAGGCGGGCGCAGACGACGGUACACGUGGACCCAUGUCAAGGAUGGCAGUUUUUGAAGCUGUGGCAAUUAAGCGCUAUUAAAACUACGUUACUUAUAAUGGAGGAAAAUCAACCGUAGAUUUCUUUUUUAAAACUUUAGAUUGAAGAAAACGCACAGGAAGAUAUGCUGGUUGCUAAAAUUGCAGAGGGGUGAACGUGUUGGGAAAAAAGAAUCGAUCGCUAUCGAAUUGUAGUGAAAAUCCUCCAAACUGGACGACGGAAAAGGAAAACAUCGAAGAGUCAGAAUGGCGGAUGAAAGUCAACAGAGACCUCAGCCGACUGCAAAAAGCCACAAAAUUUUGAGCCACCUGCCGAUCGCCAUCAAAGUGCUCGAAGUGAUAGUAGCCAUUUUUGCAAUCGGUCUGGCGGUCGAUCCGAUGAACUCGUUCCAGCGGAUCUUCAACAAGCCACGAUUCAAGCUAGACGAUGCCGCUACUAUUUACAUCACGGUCGCCGGCUAUAUCCUCAUCAAUACGCUUUUCAUCCUCGGCCACAUGCUGGGUGAUCGCGUGCCGAAAAGAACGUUGCUAAUGUUUGCGUCCGUGGGUGCACUAAUGCAUGUUGUGGCCGGGAGUUUGAUGGUCCAUAAUUGGCGCAAUCUCAACGGUCGCUAUUUUUACGCACACAACAAUGAGAUUCAUCCCAGCAAGCAGUACAUGGACAUGCUUAUAUCCGCAGCCGUAUUUACGUUCGUAAACGCGGUAGUAUUUAUCGCAGAAAUUAUCGCCAUAUUGAGAUAUUCGUGAAUUGUACAUUUUUACGAAAAAUCCAAUGAUCCAAAGAAGUUGAAGUACACACGAGUGCCGCCAAAGUUACGAAAAUAAUCUUUUUGAGAAAAUAUAUCAGGUUACCAGGAAAGUUCGACUUUUAAUGUCAAAAGAGAGAGAACAAAAUGUUAAUUGAAUUUAGAACACUUACGAAACCAACGUCUACUAAUUAAUCGGACUCAAAUAGAGAGUUUUAAUAAAAUAAAUAAAUUGCGUGUUGCUACUUAUCAUAUGAUACGUGAAACAAUUCUUAUAUAUCUACUAAAGUUGCGCGAAAUUUCCUGGUUAUAUAGUAAGAGUUAUAAAGAGAGUUAUAUAAUAUAUAUAUAUAUAAAUCUUGUAUGAAGUUUAUUAUAAACUUGUCGAGGCCAAUUUUAUCAAGCACUUUCAAAUUUCCGCGACCAAACGUUUAAUUGACGUCGUAAUGUUUUAUGGAUUCUUCAUGGUAGAUAUAAUUGAAUAUUUUGUAAAACGUAACGAAUUGUAUUUAAGAAAUUAUCGGGAGAAGAUAUAACAAAUUCCCACCAACUUUCUACAAAUAAAGAUAGUAGACUUUAUUAUGAAUAAUUAACAAAUAUUAAUUUUGUAAAUCAACUGACAUAAAUAAACAACGUGUCGAAAUUUAUGAUUAAUUUAACGUAUUAUAAAUGUAAUAAUAAUAUUAUAUAAUACUUGUAUUUUUAUCGCAACAGUUAUAUAUAAUAACUUGUAAGUGACAUCAUAUAUGUAUAUGCGUGUAAUUUUAUCAGAACAAUUAGUAAUGAUAGCAGACAUAGUUUUCUAGUAUAUCUAGUUAUAUAUUAGUAUACUUGUAUAGCAGUAAGACAGAAACGCGCGAAAUUGCAAUCAUUUCAUGUAAUUGUCGAAAAUUGAAAUAAUCCUUUGCUAUUCCGGCAAAGUAUUUAUCUGCGAACGAAUCCGUCCACUUUUUGUAUUCAAAGCGUUUAUUUCUAUGAAAUGUUCAAAUAAAUAAAUUUUAAGCUACUUUUAAGUUAUUUUUAAUGGGAGAAAUUUAACUCCACCUAUUUCUUUUAUCUCUCACUAUUUUAUCUCUCUUUUUAUCUCUCUUUAAAUGUGCUAUCCAUCAAACACACACUUACUUUAAACGCAAGUAAGAUAUUUGAGAAAUGUUGGAAUGACGAAAUAUUGAUUUAUAUUUGUAGCAAAAUAUGUCAUAUAUAUGUACACAUUUACAUUAAGAAAAAGAAUUGUAAGAGAAAUAGUUGUAGGAAGAAAAUAAACUUGUUGUCUGAACAUUUA